AAAAAACCUGCAAGAAACUGUAGAAAUGAUUGUGUUUGGGAGCGAUAUUUUUCUCGGGGAAAAGUCGAUUCGAUUUCAAUAAAGAAAUUUAUCGGACGAUCUGCUGUUGUUUGUGCGAACGGCACGCAGCACGCAAGCAGCGGCAAGGCAAGCGCACACUACCCCCUGUCGCAUGGAGCGUGCGCGAGGGCGCGAGUAGGAUCGAGUAGGACUAUGUAGUAGGAGUAGGAACGUAGGACGCGAGUCGAGUCAAGUCGUCGGUCGUCGUGGGUCGUGCGGGUCGUGGUGUGUGCCGCUGGCCGCUGCGGAGGGGCCAGAGAGCGCGUCUCCUGUGGAGCCACAGCUGGUGGGGACCGUUAGUCAAGAUGUAAACUGUCAAGGCAAGAAUGUCACGCUAGAGAUAAGAGCCGUUUGGGCCGCGAGAGAACGAGGGAAAGAGCGUGAAGGGUUGAAGAGGAGUGAAACUCAAGAGGGAAGAAGGGAGAGAGAGAGGGAGAAAGAAAGAAAAAAUAAAAAGAAAAAAGCGCGCAACAGUGAGCGAGAUAGGGAAAAAGGAAAAGCGAGAAAACCAGGAGAGAACCAGGCCUUGCACCCGCACGAGAGGAGAUUACAGAAAUGGAGUAGCUGGAAAAGGGAAUCGAUCGGCCGCCCGCGAUAGAUGUGGCAAUGGAGGACACGAGACUGGGAUGACGGUCGUCGCACGAGCAGUGACGGAGGCGGAGGGGAGUGUCCUGCUUUUUCGUCCCUUCGACCUCGCCACCUCCGGAGCUUCUUUUCCUUUUCGGUGUACAUACGCGCGUGUCGCGAAGGCGAAGGUAAGGCGCGAUGCCGACACGUCAACGAGUGCAGCGACGAGUCGAUCAAGGCAGUGCGAGAACAGGAAGUAGAGCAUCAUCUGAGCACCCAAAAAUGACGUCAGGAUUGCCGAGUGCUCAUCAAAAGAAGCUUGGACCAGCGCCGAUAGCAUCCUUCGAAGACCUGUCGGACGAAGUGGAAAACGGGGAAUCAGCGACGGCGGUGACGGCGGCGGCGGGGCGAAUGCCGGGCAUCGUCGAGGUUACCACACCGGCAACGCCUGGUAGUUCGCUCAAGACGCCCAGCACGCCGCGAAUUGAUAUCAGCAGAGCGAGCAGCUCCUCGCACCACGAGGACAGUAAUUCCAGAGACUCGUCGCCUGAGCGGGAGCUUCUCGCAGGUGCGGAUCCUCCGCCUGGCUGCAAGCUGACUUUGGGCUACAAAGAGGAUGCGCAAGAUCUCAGGUCCUCCACGGAAGAGUUGGACUUACAAGAUCCUGUUCACGAACAGGAUCUUAAAAGGGAGUCAAAGAAACGAAAACGAAAGGAGGUGGAUGGAUCUCAAUCGGAUUACAGCGGUAAACAGCUGGAUCGUGAACGCAAGGACAGUAAUUGCUCGGAGAUAUGUCUGCUCAAUAUCAGCGGCAGAACGUCCAGAUUGUCUUCGGUCGGUAGCCAAGGCUCCGGUGUUUCCGGGAAGCUCUCGGUUGUAUCGGCAACUUCCUCCAGAUCUCCCAGUCCGCAUAAAUGUCUGUUGGAGACAUCAUUCUGCGGAAGCAAACCGACGCUGGUUGACAACUUGAUAGAGCCGUCGAAACCGGAGACCGAUGAUCUUGAAAAGAUACUCUUGAAGCGAGAGGCUGAUACUACGAAGGCGUUGAUUCCCGAGAGCAUCAAGGUACCGAUGGUUGGAGGCAACUUGAAGCCGGAUCCGUUGGAUAAGCCCAGAAGACGCGGUCGGGAAGAACGAAAAGAGAUCUUUAAGCGAGAGGUGGAAAUUACCAAGAGAUUUCUGGAGAAAGCUAAUAUAGAGGUACCAGUCAUCAAAAAAUCAGGCGAACAACAAGGAUCGACGAUACCGCAACAGCAAUCAACAAAGGCUCAACUUCAAGAAGUUCAGAAACCCGUGACACUCGAUUUCAACGAUAAAAGAAAGAAGACGCAAAACUUUAAGGAAAUUGUGCAGACGACACCUACGACGAGUAGCUUCACGGGAAGUCCCAAAUUACCGAGACAUCAAAAAGUGCGUGACCUCGAAGGCUCGCGAACGCCUAGUCCGUCAUCCGUAUCUAGGAAGAGCAGCUUCGCUUCGUUGUUCAAGACUAAAACCGAUGGUUGCGUAUUGAGCCCGGAAUCACCGUCACCCAAUACGAAGCCACGACGAAAUCUUACGUCGAAACUGAAAGACACCACGGAGAGUUUAAGAAGUCGUUCAAAGUCACGCGAGAGGGUCUCCGUUGACAAGGGUUCAACUCCAAAAAAGGAUUCAAAAAAUAAAGGAAUGUUUUCGUCUACGUUAAGUCUAUUCAAGAAACGUGAGAGAAAAAAGAGCUACGAUGAGGCGAUUGCGGCCUCAUGCGACCUCGACGCUCGUAGUGGAGUCGAACAUCCGUCCUUAGAGAGCAUCGGCCGCGUCGAGUUUACAUUCAACAUGGACAAGGAAAGAAACCGCCAGGAUGAUUCAAUCUUCAUCAGCCUGCACGCCGAUGACAGGAAUUACGAGGAGGCCUUGCCGUCGGAGAGUGUCUCGAUACCACUAGAAACGCCGACCAAGUUGCUAGACGAGUACGAAUCCGAAGAACCACGUACGAGUAGCAUAAUCACGGAGGUGUCGAUUGAACAUCAUCCAAUGCCAUCAUCAAUUGGUAAAGUCAGGACCGAGGCACAGAUCGAGACAAUGACGACAACUAUGGUGACGACGCAGGCCAUGUCCAGGAGCUCGUCCAAAGAUAAUCAGCUUCUGGAGAGUGCGCUGAAAGAUCCGCAGAUAUCAAAAAUUAACGCGCAGGCUAAUAAAAUAAAUGUCGAAACAUCAUUACCAUUGAUGAAAUCGUCGAUUAAACCAGAGAUAAAAUCGACGGACUCGCGAAUAUCCAGCGGCUCGUUGAAGGAAUCUAUUAGCAAAAAGCCAGAAAUAACAAAACCGAAAAGAAAAAGUAAAGGAGAGAAUCAGCAGCAGCCUAUACCGCCUGAGAGGAUAGACAGUGAUGCACCGACGCAACAGAAAAAAGUAGGUAGUAGGGAAUCUACACGAGCUGCACAAGAUACCAAGAGAUCCGAUUUUCUCGAUGACAAAGUCAGCAACAAGGACAGUUUGGUAAAAACGUCUAGCAUGAUAUCCGAUUUGGAUCACAACAGUUCAGAGUCUGAAAGAGAUUCGGAGAUUGAAUUCAUUCGCAAUAAGGUUGAAAAGAUGGCGGAGGAGUUACCGGAUGAACGAAAGGGUCUCUUUUACGAAGAAAGUUUUGAGGAAGAUCUUCCAUAUGUACCGACGACCCUGCCGUUGGAGAAGAGCGUUGCUGUACCUAUUCUGCCUGUUAAACAACGACUUCAGGAAGUAAGGACAAUUCCGAUAGAAAGACCGCGUUCAACGACACCGAUAAAUCCGACUCUACUCGACGAGUUCGUGAUGCAGACGUCGUUGGAUGAGCGACGUGUGGAGCGAAUGAAGAUAUCUUUGCCGCGAGAGGAUAGUUUUAAAUUGAAGAGUCCGCGCCGGCAGUAUGCCAGUACGAUGAACACAUUUACGGAGUUUGCGGGCAGAGUACCACCGGACGGUGGUCGUAAGAGCAUUAUCGGUCAAGCAAAAUCACCCAGUCCACCUCCACUGCCACCGAGAGCACCAGCAGCAGCGGCAUCAGCAUCAGCAUCAGCAUCAGCAUCAGCAUCAGCAGCAUCAACAUCAGCAUCAGUGUCAGCUGCAAUAGCAACAGUGCGGCCGAGCAACUGGAUAAAUUUUGAAGAAAUACCAGAGAAACGGAAAGCGCCGAAACGAAUACAGACGAUACCGCGACCGGAAGACGAGAUUGCAAAGACGAUUACCGGCGGUUACAGUUAUGUGCAACCGGAGGAGUGCAAGUGUGAGUGCCAUGAAGAAUCUAGGCGGGCGUCUAUGCGAGAGGCGACAGCGGCGGCGACUGCCGCCACCGCCACCGCCACCGCCACUGCCACCGCCAUCACCAUUAGUACCAGAACUUCCUCUUGUAGUAGCAACGGCGAACGACCAUGCAACGGUGAAAACUGUACAGCGCCGACCACUGGCGGCAAUUCCGUCGAUCGCGCCAGCAUUGUCAGUGAUAGCUCGCUGGAAUGUUCGCUGAGUAUUGAUGAUGGUCAAAGUACACAGGCGCUCCUCGGCAAUUCGACGAAACCCUUCGCCAUGGAUCUCGACGUACGAUCCAAUAGAUCGAGCAUCAUAUCGCAGGAGGAAAACGACGAGAACCAGCACCAAUAAUAAUAAUAAUAUUAAUAACAAACCUAGCAUAGCGCACCCACGCCUUAGAAUCUUUGGAGUUUUUCUUCGUCGAAAGUUGAUCCGACUUUUUGCCUCUGACACGGACAAACAACAGUUUGAUUCCAAAAAGACGGACUUGUUAUUAUUAUUUUCAUUUGCAUGGUUUCUUUUACGAAAAAAGUUUCAAGGAGAAUUCACAAUUGGAAUCAUUUUUACAUUUCUUUGCAGAUUCUAUGCCUCUUUAUAGCGCGCGGUGUAUGUACAUACAUCGAUAAAACUUUCGUUAAUCAAAGGUACCUACAUCGCCCUCAUUUUCAAAAUUUUCCCAACUUUCAGAUGUUUUUGUGGAUCGUAUGUUAUGCGAUUAUUUAUUUACGCGUGAGUUAUUAUAAUCUGUUGUAUAUUGCGAUUUUUUCUCUAUUUUUUGACCGCCGGGAGUAGUCGCAUUUUUUACAGCUGCUUCGUUUGUAAUGUUAUUAUAUGUAUAAAGAGGAUUUAUUUCUCCAAAUUGUUUUGAAUUUAUAUCUAAGAAAGAAAAUUGUAUAUAUUAUGUCUUUCGUAACAUUUUUCUUUUAAUAUAUAAAUUUAAGAUAUUUUGGAAAAAUAUCAUGCGGUUAAACGAGUCAGUUUUUAUUCCAAUUUAUUUUCACACGCGUUUUUUUUAUAAUCAAAAAAGACUUGGAUGAUGGCUCGCUAACAUUUCUACUAAAUAUCGGCGAAUUUUCUCUAUCGAGAGAUAAUCGCGUCACUAUUGAAAAUCGUUGGCGAAGCGCUCGCACAUCGCUCGGAUAUGUAAGAUCUUGUCUCUCUUUUUUGGCUCAAAAAAUUGUGUGCGCGUAUACUUAUGUGUAUUUACAAUACACAUAAUAUAUAACUAUACAUAAACUAGUGAAAUAUUUAAAUAUACAUUUUAUUUGAUCAAUCAUUGUAUACGCUGAGGCGAGACGAGGCGAGAUCUCACAGUGUUUGGGCAAGCUUUUAAAGUUUCAUAUCAUGUACGUAGAUAAGUGUAGAUUUAUAGGUAUGUAUUAUAUAUAUUUUCGUGGGCACGUUGAUCUCGUAUACCGAGAUUAAGAAGUUUAUUCAAUGUUGAGCCGGAGGAACCGGUACGAUCAUUCAUUGGUCGAUUGUUUCUUAAACUUGUAUGAUAGCAUUUACAUAUAUUAACGAUUAUCGUGAUGCAGGAUCUGCGCAAACGCAAUUCUGCCGCCGUUAUUAUACAUAUAGUAUUGUACGCUUUCUCCUUGGACCAGAACACAAACAUAAUAUGGCGUUCGGCGAACAGACGCCGCACCGGGCCGCGGGCUUAAUGCCACAUAACUUAUUCGAAUACUCAUCGGGCGGUGACGGUAUUCAUAGUUGGUUAUUAUAUUUAUCAAGAGAUGCUAUUUGAUUGGUUGAACGAGGUCUUAAGACGAUCUUAAAUAUAAGAACGGAUUAUGAAUACCGCCCAUCGAAACAUCUUUGAAUGCGAUACGCAUUUAUGGAUCUUUUCUGCUAUCACACUAUAGUGUUGGAACGUUUCUAAUGCGUCGGCGACUUUUCUACUCGCCAUACAAUUUUCUCUCAUUAUCUUUCUCACUUUCGGAGCUUGGCUUAGCGAGCCAUCAUUCGUAAACUCGCGCUAAUUUCUUCACCAAAGAGAGUGAGUGAUUCUUUGUCGUUCACUGCUCGCCGGGAAUUCCAGAGAAUCGAGAUGAGUAACGCUUGUCAAUCGUACGCGUUCCAUAGAUUGAACUCGUACGAUGUAGAGAGAAAAAAUUCUAUAUUAUCUACCUCCUGAGAAACGUAUUGAAGGUACAGAGUAUCUGUAGAAAGAUUGUUUCAUCGAGCGCUCGAAGAAAGCUCGAUAAUGACAGUUUGAUCCUUUUUUCACGAAAAAUUAAAAAGUUAUUUAUAUUUUUCUUUCCAAAAAAUAUAAGAAGGAAAUAUAUCGUACGUGUAUAACGCUAUAAAGAUAUAAUAUGCAAAGUCGAGCAGAAUAAUUGUGAUACUGGGAUAUAAAUUUCAUUUCUUUAUGCAAUUGUACAUGAAAUUCAUUAUAAAGUUGAAGUUGAGAAA